AUGCUAGGCAGCUUGGAUCAACAGAGGGUUCGAAAGGGCACGAGAAGCUGUACCGAGUGCAGACGACGCAAGGUUCGGUGCAUUCGGCUCUCCGAGGACGCGCCGACCUGCCGGCGCUGCGAAGAGCGAGGCUCAACUUGCAUUGCGCAGACAUAUACUCCCCAUUCCAGACGGUCCCAGAGGCUCCCCUCGCGUUAUCGCAUAGCUCAACUUGAGUCUAAGGUUGCGAACUUGACCAAGUUUGUCCACGAUGCGGAAAUCAAGUCCGGAGAUCGAUCAACUUCCCAAACGGAGCUGGCUACUGAACCGACAUUGAGUACGGAUGAACUCGAUCCUGACUCUAGCGACUCGGAUUACGACGCCGUAGAUCAACCGGCGCACCUUCGAUCUCUAUUCCAGAAUGACUGGCUCAGCGUGGACCCCCAGCGACAAAACGGACAUUCUCAAGAUCGUAGAAUCAAGGUUUCUGCUCAUUUACACGACCGAGCGAGGCGAGCUCUUCAGAGGUUGAUUCCGCCCAAGUCCCAUGUUCUAACAAUUGCACAUUCUGCCUCACGAUGGCUUCCUCUCGUAUAUAGCUUGUUUCCCCAACCAGGGGCUAUCAAAACUCAACAAGAACUAGGCGAAAGCUUCGAGGAUAUGAACAGAGCGGAUGUCGAUCCGAUUAGCCUUGCCUCGUGGUUACUCACGGUCGCUCUUACAGGCCAGCAAGUUCAAGGACAGGACAAUGAUCGAGGGUCCCAGGCCCAAAAAUCCCACGAGUGGUCAAAAUUCUGUCGAGCAGUUUCUGAUACUGUGGAGACUACAAUCUUGCCCCAUGAUAGAUUGGUGAGCACCCUUUCUGGGCUUAGUAUGGCUAUGCAUUUCUUCCGACUUCAAAUAGGCCGGGGGAACUUCCGAAAGGCAUGGGUGCGUUUGCGACACAUAGUCGCGAUCGCAGAGAUCAUGGGACUGCCCAAGGCUUCUCAGGCGAUCCAGAACGGCCGGGUUAUCGGGACAGAAGGAAACGAGGCACAACAUCAAAAGGCGCAGCUCUGGGACUCGAUCAUUUCCGGAAACGGACUCUUUGGGAUGGUUAUCAAUCUUCCUCCUGAUACUCGACGACACCCCCAAGCAAAGACGCAGGCACUUGUUAUCGAUGGCGUUGUCCAGCCACACGUGUACCUCCGUCGGUUGACGGAUAUCGCUGCAAAGGUACAACACCUGGAUGAUCUCAAUCUGACGCCAGACUCGGGCUCUGAAUUCUACAGCUCUACGCUGGCACUCAUUGGAGAGCUCAAGUCCCUGACAUCGCAGACCCCUAAGCAAUGGUGGGCCCUAGACGAGGGCCCGGAGGUAAAACCUGACCACAUGGUUCAGUUUAUCCAUAACAGUGUUAUGGUGCGAACACACCUACCUUUUAUCAUGAGGCAAGAUAUUGGGGAAGAGUAUGUCUACAGUCGUCUAGUAUGCAUGAAUGCAUGCGAGGAAGCAGCACGGCUCUAUCGAUUCCUUCGUGGGACGCUCCCGCCCGGGAUAUUCUGUGCGCGGAUUCUAGAUCUCCAGGUGUUUGUUACGACGGUGGUCCUCCUUCUCAUAUCACAUAGCUCCUCGUGCUCGGGCAGAUGGAGUUUUCCAGCGGACAAAGCAAAGACAGCCAGCACCGUCGAAGAAGUCACCAAGCUCAUGAUCGGACGAUCUCAUGACACACCAGGCUCUCAUUUUGCUCACACCUGUGUUACCACUAUCAAUUCUCUGCAUAGGCUACUCCAGCAGGAUAGCCCUUCUCAUUUACAAGACUUGACUUUACAGGUUCCUCUUCUCGGGAAGGUCAAGGUCCGACGGAAUUUCCGUCAACAAGAGAUGUCCAUGGAGAGCAACGUUUCUGGGGUUGAAACAAACCCUAAUGCGAGCAGGCCAAAGGAGUCGUCUGUUUCUCAACCGCAGUCCCUGUCAGAGCUCAACAGCUCCUCGCAACCACUACGAAACUGGGAAUGGGACUUUCUGUCAUGGUCCGUCGAGGACAACAGCGAUAGCUACUUCCAAGAUGCCCUGAUGAUGGACGAUUUUGAUCCCUUGACCAUGUGGCCAGAUACGUAUAAUGACGUUUCACUGAUAGGCUGA